ACUCAGUUCCACUCCACCCCGCGCGCACCAAGCGAUUGUGAGCACUGAGCACGGCGGCCGGCGACCGGUAAGAAGUGCCAAGCCAGAGGCAAGCUCCGUCGUUCCUGCUACUCGCCCGGACCGAGCGCAGGCUGCUGCAAGAUCCAUGGCCGCUUCCAACUCCAGCGCGCUUCUCCCCGUGUUGGCCCUCGCCGGCGUCGUCUUCUUACUUGUCGCCCCCGCCGUCGUCGCCGAGGCAGCCGCGCCGCAGGGCCUGGAGUUCCACGUCGGCGGCCCGCGCGGGUGGCGCGUCCCUGACGCCAACACCAGCUACGGCUGGUGGACCAUGAAGAACCGCUUUCGCGUCGGCGACCACCUCUACUUCAAGUACACCAACGACUCGGUGCUCCUGGUGGACCGCACCGCCUUCGACGCCUGCAACACCACGGAGCCGCUCGCGACCUUCGACGACGGCGGCACCAAGUUCGUUCUCGACCGCCCGGGCUUCUUCUGCUUCAUCAGCGGCGAGCCGGGCCACUGCGAGGAGGGACAGAGGCUCAUCGUGCGGGUCAUGGUCCAGCCGGCCAUCGUCGCGACGCCAGGCCCGGCCUCCGGACCAGCGACGUCGGCGCAGCCGGACCACGGCGGCGGUCAUUCCUCCGGCGCAGCCACAGCGGUUGCCGCGGCUGCCGUCGCGGCGGCGCUGGCUGUCUUCGCCAGCCUCGUCUAGUCGUCUUGAUUUGAUGCAUGUCUUAGUUCUGCUUAUAGUUUGGUUCCUGUGGCUUUUACGUAUUCACCACUCGUGAUGUAUCUGGUUCUGUGUUGCCCCAAGACAAUUAGCUAGUAACUCCUAUGUGAUGCGAUCCAUUGUUUUAUAUUUGGAUUAUUUUGCAAGA